CUCCCAGCUUUGCAGGCUGGAGGCAACUACUCGCUCGCUCGGCUGGCAGCCACGGGCAGCACGGUGCCAUCCACCCGCGCCCGAUCGAGAUCUCCCUGUUCGAUUCAGUCUAAGUCCUCGAACUGGAAAGGAGGGGACGACCUUUGAUCGAGCUUUGUUCUUCCGCGUCGCCUUUAUUCCGCCAUUGAAAAAAAAAAGCGCAAAGCUUUGCUCCAUUAGCUACGCAAAUUCGGCGUAAUCUUGCGCCACCUGCCACCGGGAGUAUAUAUUUCCCGUCUCCCCAGAUGGGCCUUCCUUCCCUACGACACCAAUUGCAAGUGCAACACGCAGAGGCAGAGCGUUAAGCGAGGAGUGGUUGACUACUUAGCUUGGUUGCCAUGGCAAUGGCGGCGCAUGGGAACUUGUCCUGCUCUACUACAUGGAGAGAGCUCAUGAACACGAGCUGGAGGGACGACGACUACAGGAGGAUGGUGAUGGCGUGCCUGAUCGAGGCGGUGUACCUGCUGGAGCUGGAGCGGCAGGAGCGCCGGGACGCGUCGGCGGUGGCGCAGCAGUGGUGGAAGCCAUUCCAGUACCGCCUGGCGCACGAGCUGGUGGACGAGCGCGACGGAUCCGUGUUCGGCGCCAUCUUCGAGCGGGACCACCACCCGCACGACGGCGACGUGGGCGGCAGGCCGGGCGGCGCCCCGAACGCGGUGAUCGCGUUCCGGGGCACGCUGCUGCGCGCGCCGACCAUCCGCCGCGACGUCGAGGACGAGCUCCGCCUGCUCGCCCGCAACAGCCUCCGCGGCUCGGCGCGGCUGGCCCGCGCGGUGCAGGCGCUGCGGGCGACCAUCGACCAGUUCGGGUCCGAGAACGUGUGCAUCUGCGGCCACUCCCUGGGCGCCGGUUUCGCACGGCAGGUCGGCAGGAUGCUCAUGUCCUCGCCGCGGAGGCAGCCGCAGCAGCAGCAGCAGGCAGCGCUGGAGUUCCACCUCUUCAACGCGCCAUACCUCUCGCUGCCCAUGGGCGUGAGGAGCGUCGUCAAGACAGUGGGCUGCCUGCUCAAGGCGCUCCGCUCCGGCGUGGCCACCGUCGGCAGGUGGCACGGCAAGGCGCUCCGGAACGUGGCCUAUGCCAACUGCAUACUCGGCUACACCAGGCUCGAGAGCGGCAGGAGGUUGUGAGAUCGAAUCCGAUGGAUCGUCGCUGACUUGAAUCGCUGAACAGAACUGUACCUACGCGAGUCCUGUAUGAUCGUCACCUUGUAGUAUUCAAUUCUAGGAAAACGAAUAAGCAUUGCACGGCUUUGCCUGCAUGCUUGCUUUGUAGUACCACGUACGAAAAAAAUUGGUUGUUCAUGUAUUUGCCCAGUUGCCCUGCCUGCAUAUAAAUCAAUUAUUGAAAA